AUGGCUAUCGAGGCUAACCCCAAGCAGGAUUUGGACUCACACAGCUGUAAUAGGACUGGUUACGGUCCACCAACGAGGCAGGAGCUUCUAGAACACUAUCCGGCGCGAUUCACAUGGCCGCAGUUAAAGGCAUUCAUUAAUUCUGGAGAUCUAGGCCUUCUCAAGCGCGACAAAGCUUUGCAACACAGGUACAAUGUCUGGUCAGCGGACAUCAGGAAGAGGCAUGGUUCGACUGUCAACUAUCUCCUGGAUUACCGCCUGCAGUGGGGCAAACCAGACACACUUUCCCUCCUUCCUUCGGAACUCGAGGAAUGCGAGGAAACUACGACGAAUAGCUCAGAAGUGUCCGGCGUCGUGCCCCAAUACUUCACGGCUGACUUGCCAUUCAACUCUGGUCUGAUCUACAUUAUGCAAAAUGAUUGGCCUUAUUCAGUACCCCUUGCAAUUGAACAUACAGUUAUCUGGUCACGCGUACCUAUUUUUUAUCCCUCAUUAAUUCCCAGUGCCAUCGAGGCUCGAAUCCAACAAGAUGGCGUGUGGGGCUUUACAGGCUCCAACACUCCCAUUGAGGAACUUCCUUCACUCGAAUCAUGCUUGCUAGCUUUGGCUGACUGGGGCGUAACUAUAGAAAGCAUGAUUCGUAGCCCGAAAGGUAGCUAUGAAGAAGAGGAGAUGGUGCGCCAGGUGGGGCAGGAGGUAGAUGGUUUCGUGAAGCGGCGGUGGCAGGAGAGCAAGUGGGAAACCGCCUGGUUUGUCAACCCACCCAGGUUGCAAAGUAUCCCUGGGUUGGCACAUAUUCACGUAUUUGCACGGAGAAAAUCUUCUUCAGAACUUGCGUCGUGGAACGCCUGA